CGGAGGCUGAGGGUAUAUGGGAAGUGUGGCGGCUUGAGUGAGGGAACCGGAUGACCGGGAGCGGAGACGCGGAGCGCUGAGCACCCCCGGCCGUUUCGGUGAUGAAGGUGUGCGAGUACCGGCAGAUCGCACUGGGGCCCGGGCAAGGCUCCACGCCGGCUCCCCCGUGCCAGACUCCGGCCUCGGGCAAGCAGCGGCGCCAGCGCAAGUGGGAGUCGUUCGCCGGCAAGAAUCGGUUCUUCUGCGACGGGCGGCUGAUAACCGGGCGGCAGAGUGGCGCUUUCUACCUGACCCUGGGCCUCAUCCUCGGCACCAGCGGCCUCUUCUUCGGGUUCGACUGUCCUUACCUGACGGAGAACCUGACGCUGGCUAUUCCCAUUAUUGCGGGGCUGCUGUUUGUGUUUGUAUUAAGUGCACUGCUGCACACGAGUUUCACCGACCCUGGGAUUCUGCCACGAGCGACGCCAGAUGAAGCAGCCCACUUGGAGAAGCAGAUAGAUAACCCUGGUGGAUCAGGUUAUCGACCGCCGCCUCGAACGAAGGAAGUGGUGAUCAAUGGGCAGGCAGUGAAGCUUAAAUACUGCUUCAGCUGCAAGAUGUUCCGGCCCCCGCGAACGUCACACUGCAGCCUUUGUGAUAACUGUGUGGAGCGAUUUGAUCACCAUUGUCCUUGGGUCGGAAACUGUGUCGGGAAAAGGAACUACAGAUUUUUCUACAUGUUUCUGUUGUCGCUUUCCUUUCUAACUGCUUUUAUUUUUGCCUGUGUGAUAACUCACCUCGCGCUGCGAUCUCAGGACAUUGGGUUAUUAAACACGCUCCAGGAAACUCCAGCUAGCGCACUUGAGCUGGUGGUUUGUUUUUUCUCAGUUUGGUCCAUUCUGGGUCUCUCAGGGUUUCACACAUACCUGGUGGCCUCCAACCUGACAACAAAUGAAGAUAUUAAAGGUUCAUGGUCCAGUAAGCACUCAGAGGAAAGCAGUAACCCCUACAGUUAUAACAGUAUCAUCAUUAACUGCUGUGCAGUAUUAUGUGGACCAAUGCCACCCAGUUUAAUUGACAGACGUGGCUUCUUGGACCCAGAUACAACACAAGAGUCUGGGGGCCAGCACAGUGUUACUCAGGGAGUGAAAACAGAAGGCAGCCUGACAAGUCUGUGUGUCCUGAACAAAACCAUGCCAGAGAAGUCAGACGGCGCUGUGAUCUGUGCCAUCGAGCCCCCUGGCCACAUCAAAUCUGCGCACGCACAAGGAAAAGGUACGAUACAGCUGAUAUUCCAGCAAGCAACGAGGACAGUUUCUUCCCCCAGUGCAUGAGCUAUUUCUGGAUUGAACCAUUGGAUUCCUGUGGACCUUGGACACUCCUGAGGUGUGAACAAUGGCAGCAACUGCAUGCUUUGACCAAAUGCAUAGCUGUGUCACCAUUGCUGCUUUUAUUCAGAGAAAGACAAGAAGUUUUAGUACCAAAGAUCACCUGAUCUAUACAGAUCUGCGAUUUAAUGACUAGAAUUUUUGUAGGAGAGAUCUGCGUGUUCUGGAAUGCCAGAUAUUUGGACAAAACAAAACUUUUGCUGCAGGUGUGCAGUUUGAUAUGGUUCUGAGUAUAGAUAAGUAUGGAGCAUUGAUAACUGUGACAUUGGGAUGAGCUGAUUGGAUUAAUAUUUUUAAUUUGCUGAUUUUUGAGGCAAAAUUUGAAAUAUGCGAUCUGGGAAAGUCAACUAGAUUUUUAAAAUAUAAAUGUUCUUUGGGAAAUCAGUUCAUUAUUCAUAUUACCAGAUAGUCACAUAAACGUAACCUCCUUGCUAGAGAAAUAAUCAUUGGUGCACCUUUGUGGUAAAGUGUUUUGCUCCAAUAAUGUAGUUAAUUACUAUCAAUGGGAUGGAUAUUUAAAGAUAGUAAAUAAGCACAAUGUCAAAGCAAGGUAGCAGCUGCCAACUACGCUGGACAACAAAGAUUUUGCUUUCUGAAUACUUUUGGGUGUAUCUAAUGGAUUUUGGCCUGCUGGUCAUGAAAAUCCCCGUGAAGCUUCUCUAUCAUGGACCAUUUAAAAAAAAAUUGCCUAUAUUUGUUAUUUCAAUUCAUAAUUCAAGUCAGAAUACUGAUGCCAAGAUUAGGGAAGGCAUUUUUGUUGCUCCACAAAUCAAACAGUUCAUCAAUGACAGGCAAUUCAAAGAGCUUCUAGUGGGACUGGAGAAAAUCGCAUGGAAGGCAUUCAAGGAUGUUGCUCAAAAUUUUCUUGACAAUUACAGAGCACGCAGCUGGUUGACAACAUGGUUCAAGCAUACAAGACCAUGAAGUGAACAUGUCACUAAAGGUUCAUUUACUGCAUUCCCAUUUAGACUUCUUCCCUGCAAAUCUUGGCCUUGUUAGUGAUGAGCAUGGUGAAAGGUUUCACCAGGACAUUGCGGUCAUGGAGAAAUGGUAUCAUGUCAACUGGAAUCCAUCAAUGCUGGCUGAUUAUUGUUGGACACUUAAGGGAGAAGCCUCAGACACUGAGUACAAAUGAAAACCAUCAACAAGCUUAGUUGAACUAUUGCAAAGCGUCAACACUGUAAUGCAAUUAAAUGCAUUAUAGUCAAUAAAAGUUCAUGUUUUGUGUCUCCAAAUUCCUACGUGAUACAAAUAGUCUGAAACUAUAUUUGUGUCCAACUUCAAGUGAACUAUCAUAAACAAAAAAAAAAUUCUGAGGAAGCAACACUUACAAAAAAAAUUGUUGUCCAGUGUUAUUAAGUGGAUUAGUGACAAGUAUAUUUACUCACCAAUAUACCAUAGAUGCAGUGAGUAACUAAACCCAAAGCUUUGCCUAUGUGAAUGCUGCAGAAUGUUAUUCACAAUAAGUUAAAGGGAGAUCUGAGAAAAACCUCGAACUGGCUGUAUGCUUGAUGCAAACAAGUAUUCUUCUACUACAUGAGCCAUUCCUGUCUGGAAUGGGUAGAUACUUCGGGCGUUUUGAACUCUCUUGGCUUAAAGAAUAAGUUUAAGAAGUUAAGAGUGCUUUCAUUUGCCUGGAUGACCAGGACGGCAGCAUUUACAUUGGUUUACACUUCCCAGCAUGGUCUCACUCUUUUAGAACUGUUUGCUCUUCUCUUAACUUUGCCUAAUUAGCAUCUACAAAUGUACCCAUGGCUCUUCUCUUCUUAAAUAUGCUUGUGUGAAGACGAGGAUGUGAAGUUUAAUUUGCACUAUGAAGCGCCCUCUUACCUCAGAAUCACCCCUCAAACCUUGCCAAUAUAUUCCUUGAGAAUACAACUUAUUGACUGGUGUUCUGAACUGGCCACACUGGGAAGUUAGAUGAUUAGCUCAUUCUAAAAGUGUCAUUCUGCAGUAUAUUACAGUGAGAACUGGCUUAUUAUCAUAUAGUUUUAACUGGCAUUACCUAAUUUACAAGCAAUAUGGACAUCUGACUUGCAUUGUGCAUUGCUUCAGAUAUUAAGUGCCUUGUGCAGUUGCUUUGCAUAUAUUCCAAAUGUGUCAGAUUACUGUAGAUUGUUGAUAGUGUUCCUAUAUUCAGUCCAAUAAAUAUUGAUGC